CGGGCCACUCCCUACCAGGUUACCACCACCACCACUGCGCUCCAUAUGCAAAUUGGAUUUAUUUUUCCGUCGUGUAACUGGAGUAACAUGAAAAUGUAGUUAUUAGUUAUUAUUCCUGAUUGCUUAACGACACAAUAAUGGUGGCGUAGGGUACUCCACCCUCUAAUGAAACAUUUCCUGCUCUAGAUCGGAAGCUGAUAAGCGGACGCUCCCAAUUGUGUUUAGAGCGUGAAGGUUAAUCAUCUCUUCUUCGAUCCAUCGCCCACCGGCCAGUCAUCUUCUAAUCUAUUCAAGAAUGAGUCAGGUCUUCGAACAAUAUGAACGACAGUACUGUGAGCUUUCGUCUAACUUGUCGAAGAAGUGCACCGUAGCUAGUGGUCUUGAUGGAGAACAAAAGAAGCAGAAAAUUUCUGAAGUAAAAUCUGGAUUGGAUGAUGCUGAAGCUUUGAUUUGCAAAAUGGAUCUCGAGGCUAGGAGUUUACAACAAAAUGUAAAGGCCACACUCCUUAUAAAGUUGAGAGAAUAUAAAAAUGAUCUGAACAAUUUGAAAUCUGAGGUUAAAAGAAUUACAUCAGCUAAUGUUAACCAAGCAGCAAGGGAUGAAUUGUUGGAAUCUGGAAUGGCAGAUGCUAAGAUGGUAUCAACUGACCAAAGGCAAAGGCUGAUGAUGUCAACCGAGAGAUUAAAUCAGUCUAGCGAUAGGAUUAGAGAAGGCCGAAAAGUGAUGUUGGAAACCGAAGAGCUCGGUGUUUCAAUUCUUCAUGAUUUGCAUCAGCAACGCCAGUCUCUUCUUCAUGCUCAUAACACACUCCACGGAGUGGAUGACAAUAUUAGCAGGAGCAAGAAGAUACUGACUAACAUGUCAAGAAGGAUGAACAGGAACAAAUGGAUCAUCGGAUCAAUUGUCGCUGUCUUAGUGAUCGCAAUCAUAUUGAUUCUCUACUUCAAGUUGGCACAUUAGCUGAAAACCCCCAGGUUUCUGUAUCUACACCCCAUGUUUCUGUGUUUUUUUAAAAGUUAAAACUGAAAAGCACGCAUUUUGGAUCAUCUGUUCUCAUCUCUCUGACUUCUGGCUGUUAUUUCAGUGUGGGCUCUUUCCAUCUUUGUUUCCUAAUUGUAUGUUGUACUUAAAGCCUCAAACUGCAGCUUUAUAUAUAGCUUGUUUCAUUUGUUAAUGAAUAGAUGAUUGACAGAAAACUCUUUCCACAUAAUGAGGUAAAAAUAAUUACGGAUCGGAUUA